AUGGAGAAUGUAAGAGAGGAUAUCGGUGGAUCAUCGAAGGGAGUCGCUCCUGCCCCCAAACAGUACGAGCGUGACGCCAUGAAUCGACCAAUAGUCAUGGAUGGGUGCGUGCGCGGAACUUUCGCCGACCAACAGCUCGCCAUGGACCUGAUCUAUCCGGAAGACCGCCUCCCUGUCAAAGACGAGGGGGAGCUGUUGCUGGGCCCGGACGACUGGAAGAAGCAAGACAUGUUCUUUGAGUACAGGAUCAAAGAAGGUCAGUUCUCUGAAGCAGCAGUGCUCUACCGGAAAGGCUUGUACUACAGCGUGUUCGAUGAGUCGCAAUUCAACUUCGAGCUGCAAGACACCCACCGCGUCGAAGUCGUCAAGAUUGUUGUUCCUCUUCGUUUGAACUAUGCCCUCUGUCUGCUCAAGGAUUCGUAUGAACCGAUAAAGAACCCUCUUCCCAAUGUCGAUCAAAGAUUCAAGGAAGCGAUCGAGAACUGCACGGAAGUGCUGAACCUCUUCAAAACCCAGCAGGCCGGACUGAACGAGGCUGACAAAGUGAAAGCGUUGUACCGCAGAGGUCUGGCGAGGUCACUGGCGUGGAGGAAGAAGGCGGAGAUGGGGGAUCUUGACAAGGCCAAGGACGACAUGUCGGAGGCGCUCAAGCUCGAACCCUCCAACAAGGAUGUCAGGAGGGAACUGAACUUCCUGCGAGAGAAGGAGAGAGAAGCUACUGAGAAGCAGAAGAAGAUCUGGUCCAGCACUCUAGCGCGAGGACUAGAUGACGGGGAGGACGGAGGGGCUGGAGGUUCGCAGUGUCAGGGAGCAGCAGCAGCAGCAGCUGACAGGUCAAACUUGUCAUCAGGAGCGAAGGACAGUGGAGCUAAGGCGGCGAGCGACCGGGAGAGCAAGGCAAAGGAAGCAAAGGCAGAGAUCCAGCGGUACUUGGAUGAGCUGGAACAGAAACCACCUCAACGCCCUGCAGGAGGAGGGUGGGGGAUGGGAUGGAUCAAAGACACUGUGGGGAAUUUCUUCUCGCGCAAAUGA